CGGACAGACACCUCCGCGGUCUGUGCGUGUGUGGAACCCAGCGGGGUCGAGUCUAGUCCGCCUCUCUCAUGACGGAGGAGGGCUGACCAUAGCACCACCAGCAACCGGAACAGCAGGCAGCGGGGCAGCGGUCAGUGAGGCACCCGCGGACCGAUAAUAGUAGCGGGGCAUACGGACGAGGACACACUGCUGCACGGAGCUUUGUCUACGGAGGGGGAAUUUUCAAGUGGCGCCUGUCUGGAGCUUCACAAGCCGGGAAUAGACACACAGAUCCGGGUUCACACGGAAUAUUCCACGGACCAGCGCUGUCUGAAGCCAUUCUCCUCAUCAUUAUUGCGGUGACACAGGAGGAGGAAGAGGAGGAGGUGGGAGACAAAGUGGAACUAAAUGAAGACUUUGUGAACAUGUGCAGAGGAAGGGCUCGUCCUUUCGCUGCAGAGACUUCCACAGAUGCUUUGGCCCAGAGAAAGAUGGAAACCAACGCGGAAAACUCGAGCCAAUCCUGCAGCACGACUCCUAUCGAGUGAGCCAAUCGGGACCUUACCCAAGUAUACUCCACGUACUGCUGACAUCUGACCCCAAAAACAAUAACCUGCCACCAUGACCUCGGAGCUGGAAAGUAGUCUUACCUCCAUGGACUGGUUGCCCCAGCUUAGUAUGAGGGCUGCAAUUCAAAAGACUGAUUCUGGACAUCACUAUCACCAUCAUGGGCACCACCUGCAUGGGCCGCAUCACCUCAUAGGGCAUCAGCAUCAUGGGACGGGGUCAAAGAAAAUCACACACCUGGAUCAGAAUACCACACUUGACCAGGAGGAGGCGGCACAGCACAGAGACGGGAAACCGCCCUACAGCUACGCCAGUCUGAUAACGUUUGCCAUCAAUGGGUCACCACGGAAACGCAUGACCCUGAGUGAAAUUUACCAGUGGAUCUGUGAUAACUUCCCCUACUACAGAGAGGCGGGCAGUGGCUGGAAGAACUCCAUUCGGCACAACCUGUCCUUGAACAAGUGUUUCCUCAAAGUUCCUCGCUCCAAAGACGACCCCGGAAAAGGUUCAUAUUGGGCCAUAGACACCAAUCCCAAAGAGGACUCAGUGCCCAGCCGACCCAAGAAGAGGCCUCGUUCUGGAGAGAGGGCAUCAACUCCGUAUAGCCUGGAGUCUGAGUCCUUGAGGAUGGACUGCAUCAUGUCUGGAGGAGCGUCCCCUACACUGGGCAUCAACUCUGUCACUAACAAGGUGGCACUGUACAAUCCUGAGCCAGAGGGCAGCCACAGUCCUGGGAGUUUGGGAGGCAGCCUCAGUAACAGCCUAUCGGAGCAGAGCAUGUCUUCUGUCACAAUCAACAACAUGAACAACAUAAAUAACCUAAAUAAUCUGAACAGCAUGUCCACAGCAGGAGGCAGUGGGACCAGCGCACACGGCUACACUCCGGUGAGCAGCCACUCGGACCCCCCUCAGCCCCCUCCCCCUGUGCCCCAGUCCCAGUACGGUAUCCCUGGUCUGCCUGUCCCAGACGCGGCCAGGGACAAGGCGCUCUGCUUCUCUGAUUUUGAGGACCUCAGCGCCUCUUUCCGCAGCCUCUACAAGUGUGUGUUUGAGCAAUCCUUCUCUCAACAAGGUUUGAUGGGUCUCCCCUCAGACUCAGGCCCUCAAUCCAGGACAUCCUGCUCAUACCAGCCCUCCCCUCUCCAGAUAACCACUGUCCCACCCUCCCAUCACCAUCAGCAGCACCUCCAGCCUCAUCCACAACACCCACAGCACCCACAGCCGCUGUCCCAUCAGAGUCACAGCACACAGCCCUGCUCCAGCACAGGGCUCUCCUCAGACUGGUAUCCAAACCUGGACUGGCUUAAAGAGAGCUGCCGCAUCGCCACCAGCUACAACUGGGCUGAUGUGGACCUGUCGCCUUUUCAAGGUCUAAAGGAGAGCAUGCGUCAGGCCGAGCUGAAUAACUGGACUUUAGAUGCAGCACAGAUGGCCGACUUAUGUUCGUCCAUAAACCAGUUCUUCGCAGCGACCGGAGUGAUCCCUCCGCAGAGCGGCUCCCACCCUCCUCACACUCCUCACCCAUCUCACCCGUCUCACCCAUCUCAGAGUGGAGCGUCUCAGGCACAGCAGCAGCACAGCGGGGGAGGCAUGCACCAGAAGAGCAGCCAGCACAACCAGCAUGGACAACACAACCAACACAUCAGCACAGGGAGUUUGUACAUGGACUCCAGACAGAACAUGUCUCUGAUGGGGCCCCCUGGAUACUCCCACCUGCCCCCCAUCAACAGCACCGCCCCCAGUCUGACAGGCCACCACAGUCAGCUGACCCAGCCACAGCCUCACUCUCUGGGCCCCGGACACUUCCAGGUGAGACGCAUGCUCACCACUGAUGACAUCCAGGACGAUUUCGACUGGGACUCUAUUGUCUAAACAACACACAACUUUAACAAAAACAUGGCAAAUACUGAAGAAUUGUUCAAGCUACAUGUGAUUCCGGGGACCUGUUCCUACCACAUGGAUACUGAAGACAAUCCGUGUGAAACAAUGGGAUUUCAGUUUGAAGACAAUCAUUUUGGAGAGAAUACAAACUCGAAGUGUAAAAAUAUUGUCCAAAGCGCUAUGGAUUGUGGAUGUUGCGUCGCCGUUGACAACAGGGUUAACCUCCGCCAAGGUGUUGUCUAAACAUAUGUGAAGUUCUCAUGCUCUUUUCAGACCCCUAAAAGUAUUUUUGCAGAAGGAAUGCCUGAGCAGGUUAAAGUGCCAUCUAAAGUUCACCAUUAAGGGAUCCAAGAAAUCUUUACAACCUGAUGUUUUCUUUUGCUGUCCUGUUUUCAGGAUCUUAGUCUCUAUAUUGCAAUGGUACAGUUUUCUUAAUACACAUCCAGGAUUCACCCCAAUACAGUUUUUUAUACUUUAACUGAUAAUAUUGCAAAUAAUAUGAAACAUUCCGUUUUAGUUAUUUUAACACAGACAAACAAACUAGAAUUGAACCCCAAUGCAAAAUGGAUAAAAGUCGUACUGCAAAUGAAAUUGAGAUGAUAAAUUAUUAUUAUGAUUAUUAUUAUUAUUAUACAUUUUUUUAUAUAAACAGGGCAUAGCUGCAAAAAUGCUAAAACUUGCAUUGCUCUAUUCUAUUGACAAGGUUAAUUUGAGCAAACCCAACAGGACCACCUGAACACUUAUUUCACCUGUACUCAUUUUCUCCCCUACAAAGCCUAGACUAGUGAAUGGCUCCACCUACUGAACCAUAAAGGUACUGCAGUGGUUCCUCUAAUAUUUUUGUUUUCUGUCGAUGUUCAAGGUCACAUUGGAGCCUAAUCACAAGCUGCUUCAGUUGUUUGUUUAUCACAUCCAUAUUUUCAAUAAUCUGGCACAACUCUAAACUACAUAUUUGUUAGUCUAAUUGUAAUCAUAGUUACAACAAGUAAUUGUUCAUAGUUACACACAUUUUUGUGUUUGAGCUGGUUGUCUAUAACAAAACCAUCUUUCAUGAGAGGAUUUCCAAUAUAGUUUUAUGAUAUAUUUCAAUCUGUAAAUAAAACAAAUGAAACUAAUUUCACUUUUACUUAAAAUCUUGACUAACGUCCAACUAAUUGAACAAAUCUAUUAAUUUUAUAUAUUCAAACAGUAUUUAUUCAAAAUCAUGAAAGUGUAGAAGAGUGUAGAAAGGCAUAAUUUAUUCCUAAUACUCCUGUGAACUCACUCAAUGUCUUCAUUGUCCAUAAUCACAAAUCACGAAUAAUUGACUAAACAAGUACCGGUAGAUUGUUAUAGACGAUUUAAAUUAUUACAUUUUUGUGAAUCCGGAUUACUCUUUGACUUCUGUACUAUUGCAUUAUAAGGCCUUCAUUUAUCCUUCAGUAAUAAUCUAUAUUUUAACAUUAGUCCAGCCAUAUUCAUACUACAACACUGUGUUUACAAGUAUUUUUACGGUGCUGUUUAAGACUUUUAUGUCAGUCAUUUCAGUCCCUCAUUUAUAAGCUAACAGAUACAGAAUAUUAUGGAAUAAGCUUCUCAGUCACAUUUAGAUCACACUUUAUGAUAUUUUAAAUUAGUUUUUGGGUUGCUACCGGCUGCAGUGGGAUCUGUAUGUCCUCGUUUGGAUAAAAGAAAAGCAAUUUUUGCACAGUUCAUUAGCAAAAAGAAAAAAAAUGGGCGCUUAACUUCAUGUUUCUAAGGACUUUAAGCAAAAUGGCGUUGGAAAUGUUCUAAGACUUUUUACUGUGACUUUUACUUUAACUCGUGCAGUGUGUAUAGUCCUAUCUGGUUUCAUUUAGCACACAAUUCUAAAAAAUACCCACGUGGAUCUUUGUAUUAAACGGGUACAAAUUGAAGGUGCUUGUUGGGACAGUAAAGUGCAUAUGACAGGUUUUCAUGUUUUUCAAAUGGGUUUGGUGGGAUAGCACAUGUGGUAAAUAUUUAUCAUAGCUUUACACCAUUUAAGAGGCAGCUUGUGAAAAAAAAAAAUAAUACAGGACGUAGUGCUGAGUUGUAAAACCUAUAUCAUCAACAUACAAUACUGAAAUCCCUGGAUAAUUUACACACAAGGAAGGCUUUUUUUUUUUUUUUUUGGCAGUUUAAACCUUCAUUUAACAAAAUAAAGUUGUUGUCAUUUAUUUUUAUUAGUCUAAUCAUAACUACUGUGCAAUUUAGAUAAGUCUUGGUCCUUGUUAUCAUGGUUGCUUAGGUAACAGUUAUGGUCAAACCAGGAAGUAAAAUUAUAAACUUCACAGAAAUGUUUAAACUAGAAAAGAGUUGGCAAGAUUUUUUCUAAAGUCUUAAAUAUAAUGUUUUAGUAUGUUUUUGUGAAAAUUAAAGUCAUCUAACCUGUCAUAUGCACUUUAAUAAUAAUAAUUAAAAAAAAUAAUCAUGGUAUUGCCGUUCAAUGCUGUCCACCAAUGAGCAGCAACAGUACGUAUAUAUCUUGUAUGUCAGUGCGUGUUGUCCAUGUAAAUAAGUAUGUGCUCCUCUGUUGCCAUUGAAAAAGCCCAUGCAGGAGAAAGUAUUUUGUUAUUGGGAGCGUGUACAUACAUACUUCAGUGGAUUGUAAAUAGGCAGUGUGUGUCCUGAGUAUUCUGUGUUUGGAGGUAAAUGUCUGUUCAGUGUUUUCAGUAUUAAAAUGUCAUGGAGCAUUUUUACUGC